CCAGAUUUGUAAACAGCGAAGAAGAACAGGUCAGCUGAUUCAAGCUAGAAGGCUACAACACAACGCUUCUUCUGCAAGAGAAACUGAAUGACAAGUGCAUAAUCAGGAUAACUACAAAGCCUCUUAAAUUGGGCGAUAUUUAAGCUGUGUCCCAGCAUAAAUUAAAGGUACACCAGUAUGAAAGGUUUGUACUGCAGAGCUGGUGUUAAUGAUGCUGAGCCCAAGUUCGUCAUUCAGGAAACGAGUCUUCCUGAGGCUUUAGGCAGCCAUCAAGUCAGGGUUCAAGUAAAAGCUUGUGGACUCAGCCCACUGGAUCUCAAGCUUCUCAGUGACGUGGGGAUUCAGAGAGAUUUGAUUCCUGUUGGCAGGGAGGUGGCAGGAGUCGUCCUGCAAGUGGGUGACAAGGUUUCCUUCUUCCAACCUGAUGAUGAGGUCAUAGGGAUGCUGCCUCUCGACUCUCCCUGCUCUGGACUCUGUGACAGCAUUGACAUAGAUGAACAUUUAUUAGUUCAGAAGCCAGAGAAGCUCAGCUCUGUAUGUGUGGCGGGAGCUCUGCGUGACGGCCUCUGUGCUUACACUGCUCUACACACACAUGCGCGCAUGGCAGCUGGACACACACUCCUGGUCAUGGACGGAGCCAGCUCUUUCGGUCUCAUGUGCAUCCAGCUGGCUUGUUACCAUGGCGUAAAGGUUCUGACAACAUCACACACCCCACAGACACACACAUUCUUGGAGCAGCUUCGUCCAAGUGUAGCCAAGGUCAUUCCAUUGUAUAAGGAUUCCUCGGACCUGCUGUCAGUGGUUUUGGAGGAGACAGGAGGACUUGGAGUGGAUAUAGUUGUGGACUCUGGAGUGCGUCUCCAAGAGGAGGAGUCUUCAGAGGACAUGAAACUCCUCCCACAUAAACAUGACAUCAUCACUGUGCUGGGAGUGGGGGGGCACUGGGUAACAUCCCACAAAGACCUGCAGUUGGAUCCUCCAGAUUGCAGAUUACUGUUUUUAAAAUCCGCCUCUCUGACUUUCUUGAACCAUGAAGUCUGGACAGCUUCAUCGGCUCAGCAAGGAAGAUACCUCCAUAUUUUGAAGGACAUUGUGGAAAAGAUGUCAGCUGGAGUACUCAGACCUCAGCCCGAGGAGGCAGUUCCUCUCUAUGAAGCCACAGUUGCCAUGGAAACUGUCCAGCGUCACCAGAAGAAAAAGGCUGUUGUUCAACUCUGACCUAAACACGUCUGAUCUGUAAGACGACAAACUAUUCACCAGACUCACCCUUCUCUGAAGAUCACUGUUUUUGAUUACAAGUGAACAAUAAAAAAAAACAUAAAAUCAUUUACUUGUUUUUCUGUAGGAACCUUAAAGUAACAGCAUGCAUAACCCAAAGCACAGGCUGUUAUUACCAUCACCUCUGUGAGCUAACACCGAUAGAAAUAUACAUUCAUGUUAACACUCUCAGUUGGAGUCUCCUGCUUACUUGACUGACUAAAAUUCAAGCUACAGGAUUAUGGUUUUUAAAAAACAGCCUUUUACUUCUCUUGUAAGUUUUGAAAUUGUAUACAGGUAUCAAAAGCCUUAUUUAUUUGUUCCAAUGGAGAUACAUUUUUCUGAGGACUGUCGGGAUUUUUUGAGGGUAUCAAUUGUCUUAGAAAAUAUUGACUUUUGCAUCAAAGGCAUCCACCUAUAAACAGGAACUGAUAAAACUGAUGUAAACAUCUUUGGCUUUAACUUCUGUUAAUUGUUUUUAUUGCCCAUUUAAUGACAUAACUUUUAAAUGCAACUCUCAACAUGAGAAGCAAUACAACUCAUAGAAGAUAUGUUGUUCAAUUGUCAAAAAAAAAAAAAAAGAAAAAAAUUCUUACCCUAU